AUGCAAUUUUUAGAUCCUUAUGCGAACCAUGUUUGCCAAUGUUUGAUAACUCUUUGUAACGAAUCUCAACGAGAUUUUAUACUUAAUUUGAUUGGCCAUAAAGUACCUCAGCUUGCGCGAGAUGCGCACGGAAAUUAUGUAUUGCAAUGUUUAAUAAAAAAUAUUACGACCAAGAGUCAGGCAAUCCGCCUUAUUUCUUUUCUUGCAAAGGACGUCAAAAGUCUUAUUAUGGAUAGUUAUGGCAAUUUUGUUCUUCAGAAGACUAUUGAAUUUUGGCCAACCGAAUUAACACAAUUCAUAUAUCAUGGAGUUUGCGAAAAUAUUCUUGAUGUAGCUUGCGAUUCUCAUGGCUGUUUUGUCGUAAAGAAAUGUUUUGAAUACGGCACCUAUCUCCAAAAAAGCCUUGUGCAAUCGGCGAUUGUGGCAAAUACAUUAAUUUUAAGCCAGAACUUCACCGGUCGCAUCAUUUUACAAUACGUUCUUAAUGUUGGAGAACCUCUUUAUUUCGAAGCAAUUAAAAAACAAUUACAAGGAACGCGGUUUGAAAUUUUUUUUAAAGAACCGGAUUACCAUAUUCAAAAAAGUCGUUGA